AACAAAAUAUCAAAUUGCAACCCUUUCAAGAAUCGAUCCUUAAAUGUUCUAUAUUCUCUAUUAUGGAAACACAAGUUAAGGUGAAGAUAUUACCAGAGGUGACCCCACCUAAAGAUUCGAAACUUCAAACAUAUUCAUUCAGACCAAGAAUGGAUCACAAAUCCAGAUCUCAUUCUUGUCCAAACAGCCCUUCAUGGAUUCCAAAUGCAGACGAACUUUCCCCACCCUCAACAUAUUUUCGGAACCGUAGUUCCGGACAACAUAUUUCAACAAGAAAUCAUGUCGAGGGUGCGGAAAGUUCGACCCCUCCUAACGAAGAAACAAGAAGAAAUGAUAUUGAAGUAAUGUAUUAUGGAGAACCCACUUCACCAAAAAUAUCAUGCACGGGACAUAUCAAGCGCAAGAAGAAACCGACCAAAGAAGCGAAAGGUGUAGAGGUAGAGAAGCACGAGAGCACGUUUCUAAAGAUGUUGUGUAAUUUGAAGAAAUCAAAAUAUGAGGUGAGAAGGGAAUCCAAUGCAUCUUGUCUCAAGAUUAUAAUUAAGAAUGCUGUUAAGGAAAGAGCGCAUAGAAAUAAAUCUAUGUCUAUGGAAGAGAACAACCAUGGUUUCAAUUAAUAAUUUAAUUAAUCAAUUAUUUGAAUUUCAUGUUAAUUAUGGUCUAUUAUUAUCUAUACGUAAAGUAAAUUACAUCUCUGCCCUCACUAAUUUUUAAUAAAAUUUCUUUUCAAAAUUAAAUUCUAAACUUAUUAAUUUUAUAAAUAAAUGUUCAUUAUUAGAGCAUUAUAUUUUUACUGUUCUAAGUCAGAAA